CGCUCCAGUUUUUUUUUUUUUUUUUUAAAGUAAAUGAUGGAAGCCAGUCUGCUGGAAGCCGUUUGGAUGGAGAGGAUUUCUUAUUAAUGAGAAGGACAACAUUUACUGGAAGUUUAAAUUAAUGUUUUCAGUGGGAUGGGACUCAAUCACUUCCUGUGUCUGCUGCUCUGUGCAGCAGCCCUGACAGUUUCUGGAGUUUUUGCUAAAGAUGAGAACAGCGAGGCGAACAGGUGGGCCAGGCAGAGCCUCCCGGUGCUGCUGGACACACACACGGUGCCUUUAGACACCCCUUUGUUCACAGGGCAGCAGGAGGAUAAGGAGAGAGGAGGGACAAAGACACUCUGUGGAAUAGAGUGUCAAAGUAGCCUACCACCUUUGGACCAGACUGAGCAAGAGAGGAUUCUGGGAUAUGAGACAAUGUAUGAGAAUGGCACUCGCACACAUACAGAUAUCAGUUUGCAGGCUUUCAACAAGACGUCUGCAGGAGCACCAGCCCACUCACCAGCUCGCACUCGCAGGAAACGGCAGGUUUAUGGAGCAGAUGGACGCUUUGUGAUCUCUGACUUGUAUUUCAUCACCAACUAUCCCUUCUCUACCGCUGUUCGUCUCUCCACUGGCUGCUCUGGAGUCCUGAUAUCCCAGAAACACGUGCUAACAGCGGCACACUGCAUCCAUGAUGGGAGGGACUACCUAGGGAGUGCCAGAAGGCUUAGAGUUGGGGUGUUGCAGCUCAAGACUAAAAGUAGAAGAGGGGGUAGGAGGAGAGGAGGGCGGCGGAGGGCUGGGAGGAAAGAAGAUGGUGAGGAGCAGGUAAUGGAGGAAGGUGAGGAGCAGAAUAGUAUAGAUGGAGAUGUAGUGAGAAGGAGAAAGGGAGGCAAAGGCAGGAGACGCAGGGGAAGAAAAGAGGGUGAGGAGGGUGUAGCUGAGUUAGAGAGAGAAGGGAAACAAAGAAGUCUCAGCCGUAUAAAACGUAGUACUGAACCCCAGAAGCAGCCUGUCUUCCGUUGGACACGAGUCAAACAAACCAGAAUCCCUCAAGGAUGGAUCCAAAACAAGAGCUCCACCAACUCAGUGUCCCCUGACUAUGAUUACGCUCUCCUGGAGCUGAAACGGCCCCUCAAACAAAAGUACAUGGAGCUGGGAGUGGCGCCCUCUGCCACCCCCCUGACACGGAUCCACUUCUCAGGCUAUGACGCCGACAAAAGCCUGCUGGACGGGCGUGGAAAUGAGAAGGUGGUUUACCGGUUUUGCUCGGUGGCAAACACGUCUGACGAUUUGAUGUACCAGCGCUGUGACGCUCAGCCGGGCGCCACGGGAGCAGGUGUUUACGUUCGUCUGAGGCAGGAAGUGGGAGAGGAAGGCAGGAAAGGGAAGUGGCAGCGGAGAGUGAUUGGGGUGUUUACAGGCCAUCAGUGGGUGGAGGUGGAGGGCGGUGAGCAGAGGGACUUUAAUGUUGCAGUGAGGAUUACUCCACCCAAAUAUGCCCAGAUCUGUCACUGGAUCCAUGGAGAUCCAAGUCUCUGCAAAGAGGUUUGACUGCAAAGCGAUGGAUCUAGAAAAAUAUUUGUUGUCAGUUUCAAAGAGACUCAAAGAUCUGGGCUGAGUGUACAGUAUAAAACUUUUUUUUUUUAAGUCUUAAGAAUGGUUCUGAACUUUGACUUAUGACUUGAAUUUAUUUUAGUAAAAACUAGGACUUAGAAACUUUGUACAAAGAAGCUAACUUUUUAGCAAAGUAUGAGUGUGAAUCCUAAGUGCAGACUGAAGUGUUGUCAAUUAAGGACUACAAUCAUGUCUUCCCAAAAUGCACUUCCUGAAGCACUUCUGCUAAAAGCACGCCUCAAAAGGUUAUAUGUCAUGGCUGCAUCACAGCUUCAUGCUUGAUGCACACCUUGUCAUAAUUAAUUAAUAAUUAUAUAUACGCCAAAUAUAUUGCAGCCUGCAAGAAGAAAGCUUAUAGAAGCAUAAUGACGAUGUUAAUAAGUGCUGUUUUGGGGUAUUUUAAAAAUCCUAAAUGAGUUCAUGAAGAACAUAAUAACCAUUUUAAGACAUACUUAUCUGUGGAGGCACCAUCAAAUGUUUUUUAUAUGAAUUAAGUAAACGUUUAAUAGUUUAUUUCCCCCCCGAAAAAAAAAAGCACAUCAUUACUAUCAUGUCAUUACAUGUUGUAUAAGAGUGUGGGUAUUAGAACAGAUGUAUCUUUUAUUAAUUAUCAUCCUACAUUUCCAAAAUAUGGAAAGUGUGUAACCACUGCCUCAGCUGGUCACUCCUAACUAAUGUAGCAGACCUCUGGAGCUGUUUGGAGUAAUUAUAAAACCAAGUCUUAACACUUAAUAUUAUUCAUACAUGGCACUUAUUCUUAAGUGUAAGAAUAAGAACAAAAUUACUGUAAUUUUUGACACAUUCAAGACCAAAAUUUCACUCUGAGCAGCAUCAUACAUACCAGCCCUGGAAUUUUGAUCGGAGUUUGUCAGGCAAAUCUAAAUCCAGGAAUGCUGCACAUGUCCAUGGUUCUGGAUCUGUGGCCUGUUCAGCCAUUUAUCAGUUCAUUAAGAGGAUAUAGGCAAUCCUUGUGAAUGAGUCACAAAGGGCUAAAAAAAACAUGAGAAAGUGUUUGAAUUUGAGUUUCCUUGUCACCUUUUCUAAAAAUCACAUUUGUUUGUCUGUCUCUGAAAUACCUAACGUACAGUAUAUAACUCUGAAUCUUUAAUUAUGUAAAAAAAGAAAAGACAAAACCCUAUUUUUUAUCCUAUGUUGCACAAUGUAGACAUUUUGCUUUGUUUAAUUUUGUAUCGAAACAUACAUAAGUGAAACCUGUUGGUCCUCAUUUCACUUCAUGUUAAAGGAAUACUGGGUCCACACAACAUAUAUACGUAUUUUCUAAUGUUUAUAAUAUCUUGUAUUGUAAUUUUGUCUUAUUUUUUAACUGAAAUUGUCAUGCCACAAACAUACUUUCUUGUCAAAAGAAAGAAUUCAUGCUGACAACAAAUAAAAAAGCAGAACAGUAAGUGAUAA